AUGCCGCCAAGAGUGAGAGGCAAAGGAAAGGGUCCCAUGCGAGGUGGACCAUCAGCAGGACCUUCUCAUCGGCGCACCCCGUCUACAUCGUUUUCUAGUUCUGAUUCCUAUGACCAUUGGGGUCAUUCUUACGAACCAGCGAGACACUCUGUCUCUUUGAGCUCAUCCCCCUCUUUCCAUCCAUCAUUCGGGCCGCCUGUUCCAGACGAGCCCCAACAUUCGCAACACUCCCAUGACUCUCACCAUUCGUAUAAUUCUCACCAUUCCCAUCAAUCUUACCAUUCUUUGCAUUCUCAUUCCUUUCAUCAUUCAGAUUCUACCUACUCUCCAGCCCAGUUUAAUCCCAAUGAUUAUGUCAACGACUUUUUGGGCUACUACCCUUUGGGACCCGAGGAUCACUUUCCUCAUGACAUGGAGAUGAACGACGACCCGGACCCUGAAAUGCAAACCGGAACACCGGGCCACCCUAUUAGCAUCUCGAGCGGUUCUCCAUAUCAAGGAUCGCCGUACCAAGGGCCCGAUUCAUUUAAAGAAAGGUGGGCCACGUAUGAUUGGGCCUUUACCCCUUCAUAUCAUAACUAUCCUGCUCAACCUCCAUUGGUUGAACCACAACUUCAAGCAGUUUCUCCACCACCUCUUCCUGUUGAGGAGCCGCCUCAACAACCACCUCAACCACCUCCCAAGCAGCCGAGGCGAAUGAGGAAUGCAUGA